AUGGGAAAUCAUAACACAAAAAAUACUUCAAAAGGUUCCCAUUCCUAUGCAUCAUCUUCAUCUUUUACAUCAACAACAUUAGCGAUUACGACAUCACCACCAUCAUCAACAAUAAAACGACCUUUAUUAAGACCAAUGAAAUCAUUAAAUUUAUCAUUGUUAUCAUCACUCAAGUCAUCACCUUUAUCACCAUCAUCAUUACAAGUUAAAAGACCUUCAUUACCAACCUUCAGAUAUGUCGAGGGAAGAAGAUAUCAAAACUUUGUUGGUGAAAAUAUAAGAUAUCAAAUGCCUGAUGAUAACGAAGAACACGAUAGAUUACAAAGGCAGCAUUUCCUAUUUAGAUAUUUAUGGAAAUCAAACUUUUCUUCUCCAAUGGAAGAUUUAUUGAAACGCGGAAAUUGUAAAACGCUUGAUAUUGGGUGCGGGCCGGGAGCCUGGUUGAUGGAAUGUGCAAAUGAUUAUCCGCGCUCUGAUUUUGUAGGAAUUGAUGUUGUGGCUUCAUUUCCAACACAAGUGAGCUAUAAUUUUUUUUUGAAUUUAUGUGAAACAGACCUUAAAUGGUACAAGUGUGGUCCAUUAUCAAAUAGAAUAAUAACAGGAUUAAAUAAAUUCACGGAAUCGAGAGGUGCAAUAGGGAUUGUAACUCCAAUAAUUCAAUGUGCAUUACAAAAUAAUCCUUCUCUAACAAACUAUCAUAGCAUAUACAAAGAUUUAAAUUUUGGUAGUUGGGCUGGGAGACUUGGUGAAAUUGCAACUGAAGAAUACUUGGUAAGAUCUUUACAUGGAUUACCAGAGUUGGCACCUAUUAUUGGAGUAUCGCAAAAAGAAUAUAAACAAAUCCUAGAUAAUAGACUCAGUGAUGAAAUGACUGAAAAUAAAACAUAUACUAAAAAUCAUAGAAUUUUUGCAAAUAAAAUUUAA